GCCGGAAGCGCGGGGCGGGAGAACCGGAAGCGGGGGCGGGCGGGGGGCGGUUGCCGUGGCAGCGGUGUCGGGGCCGCCAUGGAGGCGCUGACGGAGCUGUACGACCAGGCGCUGCUCGGCAUCCUGCAGCACGUCGGCGGCGUCGACGAGUUCCUGCGCGUCCUCUUCGGCUUCCUCUACCGAAAAACCGACUUCUACCGCCUCCUGCUGCGGCCCGGGGACCGCCUCGGCUUCCCGCCCGGCGCCGCCCAGGCCAUGGCCCUGCAGGCGUUCAAAGUCUUUGAGAGGAUGGCCCGGCAGGACGACGAGAAGAGGCACCGAGAGCUGGAGGCGAAGCUGCGGAAGAAGGAGGAGGAGGAGGAGGCCGCCGAGAGGGUGAGAGUGGCCCCGGCCGCCCACGAGGUCGAGGUGGAGACCACGGAGGAGCCCGGCCCCGCAGCGGAGGCGGGGGAGGCGGCAGAGACGCGGGAUUCGGCCGCCCCGGCAGCGCCCAGCCCGGCACCAGCAGAGCCCCUGGGGGCCGCUGCCCCCGCGCAGCCCCAGCCCGCAGAGCUGCCCACGCGCCAGGAGCAGUUCCAGACCAACCCCGACAGCUACAACGGGGCCGUGCGAGAGAACUACGCCUGGUCCCAAGACUACAGCGACCUGGAGAUCAAAGUGCCGGUGCCCAAGCACAUCGUAAAGGGCAAACAGGUGUCUGUGGAUAUCAGCAGCGGCGCCAUUCGCGUCGCGGUGCUGGAGGGCAGCAGCCAGCGCGUGCUCAUGGAAGGGAAGCUCACGCACAAGAUCAACACGGAGAGUUCCCUCUGGAGCCUGGAGCCGGGGAAGUGCGUUUUGGUAAGGGCUGGCCGCUCCCGCCGCAUCUCUAAACCUUGGCUCGCAGCUCCCCUGGGCUUGACCUGGAAAUCCAGAGCAGCUGGAGGCUUGAGCCAGACCUGGACGUGUCCCACGCCGCCUUUCCCUGUGCAGUGUCCAGCUCACGCUGCCCUCUCCUGCGUGCCAGGCGAGGGGAAGCCCCUGUCACUCAUUUCUGCCCUGCGCUGGGCUUCUCACGCACGCUGCCAGCCCUGCUGGGAGCAGUCGCUGUGGCCACGGCUCCCUUUCCCUUCCCCGCCACCCCAGCGCCGCGCAUCGUCCUCCUCGAGGUUAUUUGGGGGCUGUUGCUGCCCGGCAGCUCAUUGCUGCUGGGUUCCCGGCCUCGGGACGUGUUUCUGGCGUGCUCGGUGACCCAGCUGUGGCUCUGCUCUCCGGUGGGCCGCAGACCCCGUUCCUUGCCCCAUCCGGAGCUGUCCUGGGCUGCCCGUCAGCGCGGGGCCUCGCGUGUCUUGCACAUCAAACAUUUGCCAAAUCCUCGUGUGAGUGCUGGGACCGCCCGGAGCAGCAGCUGGGCACCUGUUGCCACCUUUGCCUUCUCCUUCCCAGCCAGGGACCUCCCCAGAAGCGUUUCAGGAGCUCUCAGGGGCUGGCGCCAGCCCCAGGAGCGGUUCCGAGGCCAGGGUCCGGCAGCCGCAGCGGUUCCUGGCCCUGCGCAGGGCCGCGAGGUUUCGAGGCAGCGCGCUCACCUCUCGCCCCGCAUCACG